AUGACUCUCAUUCAUAUGGUGCUGUUCAAAUUCCGACCGGAGGUUACCAAGGAACACAAGGAGACAUUCGUAAGAGAGCUCAAGAAGUUGAAGAACCUAUCAUGCGUUAAGGACAAUCGCCUUAUCGUCGGAGGACCAUCCGUGACCGACCCGAUCGAGCGAAGCAAGGGUUUUGAGUUUGCUCUACUCAGCUACCACGAGAACCGCGCCGCGUUGGACGAAUAUCAAGCAAGCAAAGAGCAUCACUGGGUCACGCAAACCUACAUGUUUCCUUUCAAGGAGGACCUGUGUCGGUUUGAUUUCGAGGUUGACGAGGCAGACGAGUACAUGUGCGACUUCACCAAGCUGGCGUCAAAACUGACUGGUGGACUUUCCACACCCGAGGAACAGUCUCUAUAA